AUGCAGGUGCCCUUAAUCAGACUCCAGUGUGGGGUGAACUCGUACGACUGGGGCAAGAAGGGCUCAGACUCAGCAGCUGCCAGGUUCGCAGCAGCAACGCCAGCCCAGGACUUCACUGUCAACAAUGCCCAGCCCUAUGCCGAGCUCUGGAUGGGCACACACCCCUCCAACCCCUCCAAAGAUGUCCAGACCGGCCGCACCCUCCUCGACCUAGUCAGCGACAACCAGACCCUCCUAUCCCCCUCCGUUAUUGCUCGCUAUGGAAAGAAGCUGCCCUUCCUCUUCAAGAUCCUCUCCAUCGCCAAAGCCUUGUCGAUCCAGGCCCAUCCCAAUAAGGGCCUGGCUGAGCAGCUCCAUGCAAGGGAUCCCAAGAACUAUCCAGAUGACAACCACAAGCCCGAGAUGGCCAUUGCUCUUACCCACUUCGAGGGUCUCUGUGGCUUCAGACCCCCUGAGGAGAUAGCACACUUCCUCCAAUCCGUCAAUGCACUACGUAAUUUUGUCGGCCCCGACACGGCCGAUGCUUUCGUCAAGACCGUCAGCUCUCACCAGGGCGACGACUCCGAGGCUGCCAAGGGCGACAACAAGGCGGCGCUCAAAAGCCUUUUCGGUGCCCUGAUGUCCAGACCGCAGUCUACACUCGACACGGCAGCUGCGGCCCUCCUUGAAGAGGCUUCCAAAGACGCGGACCGCUUUGCUGAGGGCGGUGCUGGUCCUAACAGCGGCGGGGAUCUUGCCAGUCUCAUCACGCGCCUUCACGGCCAGUUCGGCCCCGACUAUGGCCUCUUCGUGAUGUUUCUCUGCAAUCUCGUCACCAUGGCCCCUGGCGAGGCCAUGUUUCUCAGGGCUGAUGAUAUCCACGCGUACAUCUCGGGCGAUAUCGUCGAGUGCAUGGCCGCCAGCGACAACGUCGUCCGCGCCGGCUUCACCCCCAAGUUCAAGGAUGUCGAUACCCUCGUGUCAAUGCUGACCUAUAACUACGCACCCAUCGAUGAGCAGAAGAUGACCCCCACGGGCUACCCCUACGCGACCCUCAACCGCGCUGCCUACAGCUCCGGCAGCGAGGCCUUGCUCUACGAUCCGCCCAUUGACGAGUUCAGCGUGGUGCGGACCGUUCUGAAGUCAGACGGUGCCAAGGCCACCUUUGAUCCGCUGGAUGGCCCAAGCAUCGUCAUCUGCACUGGCGGCGCAGGCAAGAUUUCGGUUGGCCCAACAGUUCAGGAGAUCAAGGAAGGAUACGUCUUUUUCGUUGGCUCUACCGCUGAAUUGGUUCUGGAGGCCACAGGCUCGGGGGAUGAUGGCUUUGUGACGUUUAAGGCUUUCUGUGAGGUCGAAGACCACAGCAAUGGCGCCUAG